AUGGAGCUCUAUCGUCGGCUCGGAAUCGAGGAGCUUGUCCGCGAAGCUGGUGCCUCAUUGUCACCCAGCAAGGGCAUUUAUAGUGGGGCUUCUCUGAAGGAUAUCAUUGAACCCAAAUCACGAUCAGGGGCAAUUAGGAAUCUCCCCUGGGCUGGAUGUCUUACGCCAUUGGGUCCAGUGAGCGGAACAUUUGUCACUCAAGAUAUGAUCGAACCAGUUCUUGUGGACGUUGCACAAGGGCGCGGGGUUGAUGUGAGAUUCGAUACGGAAUGUGUCGGUGUCGAGCAAGAUGAAGAUAGCGUCACCGCUGUUUUGAAGGAUCGGAAGACCGGGGCCAUUUCGACUAUUCGAGCGCAUUAUCUCAUCGCUGCUGAUGGAGCAGAGAGUCCGAUUCGCACUCGUCUCGGGGUUCCAACGACGGGGAAGGGGACACUGGGCUAUUUGCUCAACAUCCUCUUUCACGCCGACCUCACGUCUCUUGUCCACGGGCGCGAAUUUUCUCUCUGUAAGGUCGAACGCCCCGAAGUUACUGGCCUAAUCACAUCAAUCAAUAACAGUGAUUGUUGGGUCUUCCAUCUUUUAUUUGACCCGUCAAAAGGCGAGCAGCCUUCAGACUUUCCACCCGAAAAAUGUAAAGAGCUGUUGCACCUCGCGUUAGGGAUACCCGACAUUGAGAUUGAUAUCAAGAGCAUCCUUCCCUGGAAGCCCUCCGUGACGCGGCACACCAGAUGCCGCCAUGGGGGGGGCCAGGGGGCAAAUACAGGCAUCGCAGACGUCCACAACCUUGCCUGGAAGCUUGCUGCAGUUUUGCAAGGGCAUGCGACCAAAUCUUUGCUAGAGACAUACGAUAUAGAGCGGAUAUCUGUGGGGAGAGCGGCGGCUGAGUUUUCUGCGAGUCUGGCUGAUGAGGAUGGAAUCAUAUCAACAAAGGGAUCGUUCACCUUACCCCUUGUCCUCCUCAAAGGCUUUCGUUUGCUUUCCGGUCACGGAUAUUGUUAUGCAAGUAAGGCAAUCUGCGCGGAGGACACUUCUCCGCUAGGAGGAUUGACCUGGAGACCAUGGACUUUGCCUAGCCUGGCACUUUCGAUUGAUGGGAGGCCUGGAAGCAGGAUCCCUCAUUUAUGGGUUGAGCAUCAGGGCAAACGUGUUUCAACCCUCGAUUUAUGUGGCAAGAACUUCUUGUUACUUGCUGGAGCAGACGGCACGUCGUGGGUGGAAGCAGCAAAUGGGGUGUCUUCUGCUAUGGGCAUCGACAUUGCCGCAUUUUGUGCUGGUCCCGAAGGCGGUCUUGUCAGCCCAAAAGGUAAACUCGAAACUGCUGCAGGCAUUUCGUCUCGAGGCGCCAUACUUGUGCGGCCAGAUGAUUUUGUGGCAUGGCGUCAGAGGAGACAAGUGUCUGACCCUGAGGCUGAGCUCACACAGGCCGUGAGACGAGCCUUGUGUCUACCAUGA